ACAGUUAUCCAGGAGACCUCUAGGCGGACAAGUUUCUUGUGGUAAUGACAUCGCAAAACAUAACAUUUUACUUUGAGUCUCUACUGUACACCCGGUACUGUAGACGUAUCAUCGACAAGAAGACGCUGGAAUUACAGAAAGUUUUAAAACAACACUAAUACUAUAUGUAGUUGAGAAAGACAUCGGAGACGUAACCCAUCGAGUUAUGUGGCAUUAUUUAACACGUUCAGGUCUUAGCAUAUACGAACAUUAUUUUCUUUCUAUUCACAAGUAAACUGGUAGUCUGUGUGAAGACCAAGACCAGCCAGCCGAAGCUGUCAGCAGUGCUGCUCCCUUCUGAGUCAUGCAUUGAAGCAAAACAAAUCUGCUCGUAGCUGCAAAGCUAACAAGACGUCGAACACGCAAGUGCCCGUUCAUUUGUCAACGAUCUUGCAUAACGGGACCGAACAGAAAGUAGGCCUGUGUUACCAUCAUUAUUAGCAGGGUGAAUGAUGGGAACAAAGUACCACCCCAAACAUGUCUGACUCACUUGAAAGGGUGCAGGUAUAUUAUUAGUAAUGAAUGUUGAUAAUUGUUCCUGAAUUACUAAAAUAGUUACUGCUGUGCAUAAAGCACCAUUCUUUAUCAUCUGCUCUCUUCUUCUCGAAGUUCUUCCUUCUAGGUUUCCCUUAAUACCCAUCUACCUCUGAUUUUUCACUACUUUUUCACUGCAUUGCCACCCAUCUCUCGUUGCCUGAAGCCAUGGCUGCUAACAGGAAUGCUUUGGCCCUUCACAAAGUAAUAAUGGUGGGCAGCGGUGGCGUGGGCAAGUCAGCACUAACACUGCAAUUCAUGUAUGAUGAGUUUGUGGAAGACUAUGAGCCCACCAAAGCUGACAGCUACAGAAAAAAGGUGGUUCUGGAUGGAGAGGAGGUUCAGAUCGACAUCCUCGACACAGCGGGACAGGAGGACUACGCUGCCAUUCGGGACAAUUACUUCCGCAGCGGAGAGGGAUUUCUCUGCGUGUUCUCCAUCACAGAAUCUGAAUCCUUUGCUGCUACUGCUGAUUUCAGAGAACAGAUCCUUCGGGUAAAAGAGGAGGAGAACGUACCUUUCCUGCUGGUGGGAAAUAAGUCAGACUUGGAGGACCGACGGCAAGUCGGGGUGGAGGAGGCCAAGGCCAGAGCAGAUCAGUGGGCAGUCAGCUACGUCGAGACUUCUGCCAAAACCCGUGCCAACGUAGAUAAGGUGUUUUUUGAUCUCAUGCGUGAAAUCAGAGCCAGAAAAAUGGAAGAUGGCAAAGAGAAAAAUGGAAAAAAGAAGAGGAAAAGUUUGGCAAAGAGAAUUCGAGAAAGAUGUUGCAUUUUAUAACGACUGGGUCGCACUAUAACACUAACAUCUUUUCUCUACCCUUCCACUGCUUCCCAAAAAAAUCUAUCAGGUUUCAUCACAUUUAGGCCUGUCGCGAUAACAACUUUUUGUUGUGCGAUAUAUUGCCCCAGAAAUAAUUGCGA